AUGGUGCACGACGACCUCUGCAAAUUAUUAAGAGAAUCGCUUCCCGAGAUUAUCAAAAAGGACGUGUGGCUGCAUUUUCUAGAAAGAAAUAAAUUGCCAAAAACUGUGGCCACUGUGUGCGAGAAGAUUGUGUGCGACGACCCAGAGCAACAACUGUUCAACCUCCUCACGGCCAACAUUGCUUUGAGCAAGCAGGUUGUUAUGGGAGAGUUCUUGACUCUAGACAUGCUCAGCGUUGACUCGGAAGAAACACUGAUUAUCGCCGGCUUCAAAUUCCUGAAUGAAUUGCGUGGUGGGAUACAAAAUCUUGAAGAAUACAGGACAUACUACCGCACGUACUUUCUGCCCUUUUUGCGUCUUCUGACCUUGAGGCCGGGAGACUUGGCUCGUCUUUACCACAUCCUGCUGCCGGAAGAAACGCUGUUCCUGCUGAGCCAGCUGCGCGACAACGUUCCUCUGCUCACCUUCAAUGAUCUGCCCAUAAAUCACGCUCUUUUUAAGCACUGCAAGGAAUCUAAGAGGAAGCGUGCCCUGUAUCGCUACCUGAGAGUCGUCAGAGACGAAGAAAUCCUCGACCUGAGAGAGGUCGUCCGCGAGGGCGAGUUCAUCGCCAUGGACCCAGGCGAGAACAAGUUCGUCUUCUCGUUCGUGGCCAACGAGAACAUCACAAUCAAGGACGUGUAUAUCUUCUCGCCGUUGGACCUGGAAGUGGAGGACUUCGCCGCCAAGGAUGUCAUGCGCCACCUGGAAAGGAAGGAACACCAGCAUCGCAACAUCAUCCGUAACAAGUGGAAAUUGAGGUUGAUCAGUGACUAUGGUCCUUCCAAAGACAGGGUCUUCCUCGCAAAUCAAAGGCAUUCACUGCGGUUGAACAAGUGGAUUACGUUCACAACGAACCUUUUCGUGCCGAAGAACUCGCGCAUUUCUUUAGAAGUAGUUCUGCGCGAAGAGCAGUUCAUGCGCCACGUGGUGGCCGAGCCAUAUAGAAUUUUUGAGAGCAGCGGCGCCGAAACUAAGAAAAUCUUCGACAAUAUCAACCUGGAGCAUUUUCACAAGGAGGACGGGCCAACAACAAAUGAGUUCAAGACUGUCACCAACGAGGCCUUCACUGUCUUCAAGGGCCUUCGCUACAAGUUAAAUUAAA